GGUGCUUGUUUCCAGGAAGUAGCACAGCAACGUGACUUCACAUUGCUCCCUUUUAGCUCCCUGUUGCUGCUAGCCUGCAUUUCAAAUUAUAUUUUUUAUCAAGUUUAUACGUUAGGACAGAAAAUGGGUGAUGAUGAAAAGUAUGACGGGAUGUUGCUUGUUAUGGCACAACAGCAUGAAGGAGGUGUACAAGAGUUAGUAAACACGUUUUUCAGCUUCCUCCGGCGUAAAACAGACUUCUUCACGGGUGGAGAGGCAGGUGCACCAGAGAAGCUGGUGAAGGAGUCGUUUGCCCACCACAGUGGUCUUGCCCUGAAGGCCCACAGAGAGAAGGAGAAGAGACAUGAGAAGGAGAAGAGAGAGAAGGCAGAGAGAGCUGCCAAGCUAGCUGAGGAAGAGGAGAAAAAGAAGAGUAAGAACGCAGACGAUGAGCCAAAAAUCAAAGAACUGACAGACGAAGAGGCAGAGAUGCUUCAGACUGAAAUUGACCAGCAAAAGAAACAAGAGGAGAAGAAAGAGGCCACAAACACAAAUGCUGUAACUCCAGCUGAGAAAGAAGGGAAAGAGAAGGGAGACAAGGGGACUGAUUCCGACGGAGAAGAGGAGGACAAGGACAAGAUUAAACCUAACGCUGGCAACGGAGCUGACCUGGCCAACUAUCGCUGGACACAGUCCCUGUCUGAAGUGGAUCUGGUGGUGCCUUUUGAUGUGAAGUUCCGUAUGAAAGGGAAGGAUGUAGUGGUGGACAUCCAGCGUCGUGUGCUGAAGGUGGGUCUGAAGGGCCGUCCUCCUGUGAUCGAGGGACAGCUCUACAACGACGUUAAGGUGGAGGAGAGCUCCUGGCUCAUUGAGGAUGGCAAGGUGGUCACUGUUCACCUGGAGAAGAUCAACAAGAUGGAGUGGUGGAAUAAGAUAGUGACCACGGAUCCUGAACUCAACACGAAGAAGAUCUGUCCUGAGAACUCUAAGCUGUCCGAUCUGGAUGGGGAGACCCGUGGUAUGGUGGAGAAGAUGAUGUACGACCAGAGACAGAAGUCCAUGGGUCUACCCACCUCCGAAGAGCAAAAGAAACAAGACAUCCUCAAAAAGUUCAUGUCGCAGCACCCAGAGAUGGACUUCUCUAAAGCCAAAUUCAGCUGAGACGUCGCUGUCGUUCCCCAAACAACCCUCCAUACCCUUCUGUGCUCUUACUCUGCCCAGGAAAACAACGACUGAGUCCUUACCAAACCCAACCUCCGGCGCCGAUGUUACAGUUGAAUUGAAUCCCCCCCACAUCUUUCUCUUCUCUUUCUGUCUCUCAUCACCCUUUUCUGUAGUCCUGAGGUGCUGGCUUCUUGUUAGUCUCAUUCCUGUAACAGAAAUGUGAUGACUGUAAUAACUCCCAUCUCUGUUCCAUGUGUUACAGUGUUCUGAAUGUUUAAAGAAAUGUUUGGAGCCUUUUUUUAUAUAUAUAUAUAUAAUGGCAUCAUCAGGACUUUAAUGCAAGAGAAAAAUAACUACUGAAACACCAUGUGAGAUUAACUACCAUGCAGAUUAGGCAUUUAUACUGAACCAAAAUAUAAAGGCAACAUGUAAAGUGUUGGUCCCAUGUUUCAUGAGCUGAAAUAAAAGAUCC